GAGUUGGCGAAUAUCAUGAUAAAUCUUCUCAACAACUUCUCAAGGUGUUGGUCGCAUCUUCGCAUUCAGAGCAGGAACAUUGAUGAAUAUCACAGAUGAGCGCCAAUUUACGAAAUAGUUGGAAGAUAUGUCCGGAUCUGUUACAGGUCCGAGUACCAAGAUCAAGCAAAUCUUCAAUUGCAUUCCGGUAUAAGUACUACCUGUGUCAUAACACAGUGCUAUGAUGGAUACAUCGCAUCGUCUUGUUUAGCUGCAUCUCCUCUAGCAGUGGGUGAACACCGCGUCUGAUUACUGGAUCACACUUUCAUCCCUCCCCACUCAACUCUACUCAGCCUCCUUCACCCACCCAGAUGAUUUUCUCAAGAUCAUCAAGAAUUCUCCUUGAUCUGAUGAUACCUUUCCUUCGUUUGGUCACAGUUGUGAAACACGAUGUGGCCUCCAAAUCUUCGCAAUUGCUUCGGUGCUUACGUUCAUCCGCGGGGGGGGAGGAUCCGAUAUAUAGUGAACCGAAAGAAUCUAAGCCUGAGUGAUCGCUCUCCCCCCCUCAUCAUGACUACCCAGACAGAGAUUCCAGAUCUUUCAGACGAUGACAAAGCGCUCAUGUUUCAGACUCUUGGGGUUUACCUUAACCAAACUCUUGUUUCCGCGUAUUUGCAAGGGUUAUACACAGGCAUCGCCAUCUUUACUUUGUGGAAAAUUUUUUCCAAGGAACGCAGUAUCAGCAGAACCAUCAUGGCCCUCGUCGUCCUUAUCCUUUGUAUUUUGGCUGGUGUCAGCUGCGCGUUGUACUGGACAUAUACAGUUUAUUCAUUCAUCCAUCAUGGUCAGAAUUUCUGGACUGUAAUCUCGGCGUUUGAUAUUCGCUCGGACAUGGCAGUGUUGAUUCGAGUGGGUCUUGGUGUCGUCGGCUGUGUCAGCACCCUUGUUGCAGAUUCUGCCAUGGUUUGGCGUUGCUGGAUGGUCUGGGGACGCCGCUGGACAAUCAUUUUACUUCCUCUCGUCUUUAUGAUCAUUGGACUUGCGUUCAAAAUUUUGCAAACUCGCGUUACCGUACAGGGCACCACGCCUGUAAUCAACUACCAAAUCUGCACAACAAUCUACAUAUCCCUCAUACUGGCUACCACGCUGCUAUGCACCUUACUCAUUGUCUAUCGCAUAUUGAGUAUUGAGUGGGCAAAACCAAAGCCCGAAGGCACUCGGAGAUACAGUCUUGGAGCUUACCGGAAUCUUAUCGAAAUCGUAGUUGAAUCAUCAGCGCUCUAUUCCGCAGUGUUGAUUGUUUAUAUCAUUUUCGUAUUUCAAGAUGAGAUAGGAGGAGAAUACCUUGACCCCAUUGCAGAGUUUAUCAGGGGAGUUGCUCCUACGCUCCUUGUUGGACGCAUUGCAUCCGGACUUUCCCGCCCAGAUGACGCCUGGAAGGGCAGCGUAUUAUCAUCCCUCCAAUUUGGGUCCCGCAGACGUGCUCAUACCGAUACCGAAACGCGUACCGAAGAUCUUACCUUUGACGAUGACUUUGUACAUGACGUUGAGGUCCAGGCAGGUCAGCCAGAUGAAGAGAACACAAACGUGUGCCAAUGUGUAGAGCCCGAACUCGUUGUUGAUGAGGGUGUGUGAGCACAAUGGCGUCCUGUUCUUGUCCAUUGUCCCGUUCUUUC